AUGCAGUCUCGACCCAACACCCAGACUAGCGGGUCCAGCAGUGCACAGCACGGCGAUUUCGAUUCGCCCAGUCCUCGAUCAGAGAUCAUCUUCGCAAGGCGACGCCUGCUCAACCUUGAGGAGUGCACAGUUCGCGGGCGCAGCACCCCACGCCCUGCCCCUCCCGGGUUGACUGUGCCCCUGUCCGGUGGAUGCGUUCAUGUGCCCAUUGAGCUCGAUAUGCACGGUGGCUCAUUCAAUCACCAACUCAGCAGAGGCGUCUGCACUGGUAGCUCUGCGUCGUGCUGUGGGAUCCUCGGCUCGCUCCACCCGGUGAUUGAGAUCGAGACUGCUUACCCUCCCGGUCCAUUGAUGCAGACGAGCGAAAGUUUAUGA